AAAAUUCAUUUCAAGAAAAUUACAUACAGAGCUGUAUUCCUGUAUACAUACUAAUAAACAUUCUUCGCAACGAAAUAUAAUAUUUAGUCUGACGUUUUAGUCCAAUUUCAGACGGAAACUCACUGGAAUAAAGAAAUACAGGGAACGUAGUUAUCUCAUUUCCUGAAGAUGACUUGCUAUGGUAUUCUUAUUUUCUUUGCUUUGAACUUUUUGUCUUUUCUAUGUGAAGGAAAAAUCAAUCUACCGCCUAGCGGAAACACUUCGAUUGUGUUGCCUGGAUCGACUGUGUCAAUAAACUGGACAUUUACUGAUGAUCCAAAAAAGUCUACUCUAGAAUGGCAUUUUAAACCUGGUGAUGGUUCACCUCUGCAGCAUCUUGCUACAAAAUAUCCUGUUGGCGAAGCUCAAUUACAAAGCAGCAGCUUAACUCGUGUUACCGUUGAAGAUCUAGGGACAUUGGUAUUAACUAAUGUUGAUAAAAACUAUAAUGGAACAUAUAAGUUUUUUCUUAAACUAUCUGGUGUUGUUAUAAACCCUGAAAGGUCUGCUGUCGCUGUAUUCAUUGCAGAAAGACCAACAGCGAGACUGAAUCAUUCCAGUCCGGUCAAACUAAAUCAAGAAAGCAACUUCGCAUGUUCAUGCAGAGCUGAAAAUGGUAACCCUCCAGCCAGUGUCACUUGGUAUAAUGAAGAUGAAGUACAGUUAGUUCAUGGGUACGAUGAGCAAACACUUAUUCUUAAAAAUGUUAGUGGAAAGGACAGUGGAACCUAUAAAUGUGUGGCCCGAAGUCACACUUUGUCAAAUAACAAAUCAAUUGAAGUAAUGGUAAUACUAAAUUAUAAACCAAAUGUUACAUCUGUCAUGUUCGAAACAGAAGAAGCUGUUCUUGGUAAAUCAUUUGUCGUAUCAUGUGUAUCAAAUGGUCUUCCUGAACCAGUUUUUUCCAUAUUUCAUAAUGGUUCUCAGAUCAGUUCAAAAAUGGGAUCCCUCAGGAUCCCAAAAGUAGAGUGGAAACAUGCUGGGAUAUAUAGAUGCGAUGCGAGGAAUAAACUUGGAAGUUAUUCAGGCUCUGCCAAUUUAACCGUAGCAGCAAAAGGAACAACGACCAAACCUACAAACCCAUCAACAACCACAGCAACCAUUGGUGAUAACGGAACAGUUAAACACGAAGAUGACGAUAAUGGUCUGGGUGGUGGUGUAAUUGCCGGAAUAACUAUUGGCGCGUUGGCGUUGAUCGUGAUUAUUGUUGUCGUGGUUUAUUAUUGCUGGUGUGCAGUAGGAGAGAGGGCUGCUUAUAUGAAACCCGACGAGACCGGUAGAGCAGAAAAGCUCGAAGAUGGAUACCGAGGAAAAGCUGGUGUGAACCCUGGUAGAAAUGACAACCAUUAUGAACUCGAGGAAGAAAACGAGCGGAACCAAUACGACACAGUUGGCGCUACCAGCAGCCGUGAUGCCCAUCAAGGUAGAGGCAAAACCAAGCAAGAGAAUCCUGCACCUGUCUAUGCACAAGUAGAUAAGGAAAACAGACAGGGAAAACCGUUGUAUGCAACACUCGAUACGGUUGCCUUGGCCUCAGGUGGUUCGAAGAAACGAGAUGAAGGCCACCCUCAACCCACCGAAUAUGCAGCUAUUGAUCAUGGCAGGGUCGCGGAGAUACCCAGGGCUGACCUCGUGUAGACGAUAAAGAUUUAAUGGGGAGUUGUUCUGUGAGACGUUGUUGUGUUUUGCGACCUAUUACUUUUCUUAGGCACUGUAGUUGGGAUACCGGGAGCUGUAUUGAGCGCAUUAACACGUAUCAUAGAAAUAGAGAGUAAGGUUUCAGUGCAACGAGUAGUAAUCUUUAUCGCUUUAUUUUGUAAUUUCUUUUCGCGAAAUAGUCGCGUACUUUUGCAAAUAUUUUCUUUUGUAGUAGUUGGGAAAGGAUAGUCAGGGGUAAUAAUCGAAAUAUUUUUAACGUAAUAUUAAGCUGGGUAAUGCUUGUAUAAAAAAUUCUGGGAAAUACUUAAUAAGUUGUUUCUAGGAACCUCAUACCAGGUAUGAGAAAUCCCAAGACUUGCAAGUAUUGCAGCAUCGCAAUAAAAAUUUAUAAAACUUUUGGCACAGAAUUUUGGCACGAACCUUGUAUUUACUGAACGCAUUUAUUUUGAAGUGUUAUCUGACUUCAAUGAGGCUACUAUCCACUCAGGAAGAGCUAUACUCCGGACUAGAAAGGAUUCUUUUGUGUGUGAUUUCGUAACCAGGACUCGCUGGAAUAUCAUCGAUGCUGUAUCUCGAUAUCGGUUUUAGAAUCGUAGCAUUUACAAGACAUUCAGGCCAAAACAUUUUGUUUAUUGAUAAAUUUAGACGUAGAUUUUGCAUGUUUAAUCAGUAAUUUUCACUAUGUGAUCCUGCCAUGCCAUAGGGAAGCUUUUCUCAUGAGCCAACACAAUGGGUUGUUGAUUCCCGCAUGAUAUGAACCGAGGCUAAACUGUGUGAAUAUCCUGAUGAAAAUACUGGCCCCGGUUGUAUAAAAGUCUCAUUAACUUCUAACUGUAGUUAAGGACAGAAUUGGCCAAAUAGUGUCGUGUAUUUCUGAG